AUGGGUAACCAGCCAUCCAAGGACAAGAAGGGCGAUGGCGACAGCAGCGGCCCGGAGAUAAGCAAGGAAAACUACCGCUCCUUCGAACGGUCCGACACGCAGGGAUCGUCACGCUCUCUACGCAGCUCGAUCAGGUCAAAGAUACCCGGCGGAAGCGCUAAGACCGACAGCCCACGCGCCUCCGCCUCCGCCCUUUCUGGAGAGACACUCGCGCCCAACGGCGGCGCAGACAAGGCAGAUGCUGCAUCAGUCAAAUCUGCGGCGAGCGGUAGAGUGAGCUCAAGAUCCCACCGCGGGUCCUCUUCGUCAGCACGACCGCCGUCAAUGGACUUGUCUUCGCCGCCUCCAUCUGCCUCGCACGACGCCCAGGCCGACACUCCACAACCGCCUCCUUCACCCACGCAGUCGGCCUCGCUCGGCACUGGACACAGUUCUAUAGCCAAAGCACAGAGAAGUGGCGAGGUCGACCACGUCUCCGAUGCACCGCCAACCGGAACUGCACCACAGAACACGCAUACUCAGCGACCUGGCGAUUCAAUUCUCCAGAAGAAAGGCCACCCAAUCCCGAGAGCACCAGAAGCAAGGACCGCAGAUAGUGCCGAGUUGGCUUCGAUGGAGAUAAGCGGACUUACACCUCACAACCUUGAUGACUACAUAACACGGCUGCUGGACGCCGCAUACGCCGGCAAGGUCACCAAGACCGUGUGUCUCAGGAAUGCCGAGAUCUUUGCGAUAUGCCAAGCCGCGCGCGAGGUCUUCCUGUCUCAGCCGGCGCUGCUUGAACUGGCGCCGCCGGUCAAGAUUGUAGGCGACGUGCACGGCCAGUAUACGGACCUCAUCCGGAUGUUCGAGAUGUGCGGGUUCCCGCCGACCUCCAACUAUCUCUUCCUUGGCGACUAUGUCGAUCGAGGCAAGCAGAGCUUGGAGACCAUUCUUCUGCUCAUGUGCUACAAGUUGAAGUUCCCGGAGAACUUCUUCCUGCUGCGAGGCAACCAUGAGUGCGCCAAUGUAACUCGGGUCUACGGUUUUUACGAUGAGUGCAAGAGGCGGUGCAAUAUCAAAGUUUGGAAGGCGUUCGUUGACACUUUCAAUUGUUUGCCGAUUGCGGCCAUUGUGGCGAGCAAGAUAUUCUGCGUUCACGGCGGUCUUUCGCCUAGCCUCUCUCAUAUGGACGACAUUCGGCAGAUUGCGAGACCGACAGAUGUGCCGGACUACGGACUGCUGAAUGAUCUGCUGUGGAGCGAUCCGGCUGAUAUGGAGAAUGACUGGGAGUCGAACGAACGCGGUGUAAGCUAUUGCUUUGGAAAGAAGGUCAUCAUGGAGUUUUUGCAGCGGCAUGACUUUGAUCUGGUGUGUCGGGCGCACAUGGUGGUUGAGGAUGGCUAUGAGUUUUUCAAUGAUCGGAUCUUGGUCACUGUUUUUUCGGCACCCAACUACUGCGGCGAGUUCGACAACUGGGGCGCCGUGAUGUCCGUUAACGCGGAGCUUCUAUGCAGCUUUGAGCUACUGAAGCCGCUCGACUCGAGCGCGCUGAAGAGCCAUAUCAAGAAAGGCAGAAACAAGAGACAGAACAUGCUCAACAGCCCGCUCGCACAGCCACCCGCAGGCCAGUAUCCGCAAAGCUUCUAA